CCGAGAGCGGAUCUUCACAACGGUUUAACACAAGUAUACGAGUGUUAUUAAUUGGCUUUAUAAAACUCCGAAAUAAAUCUGCAAAGAUGUCUGAAAGGAAAGCGGUUAUCAAAAAUGCUGAUAUGUCAGAGGAUAUGCAGCAGGAUGCCGUAGACUGCGCCACUCAGGCCCUGGAGAAAUACAACAUUGAAAAGGACAUUGCCGCCUUUAUCAAGAAGGAAUUCGACAAAAAGUACAACCCGACAUGGCACGCAAUUGUUGGUCGCAACUUCGGCAGCUACGUGACCCAUGAAACGAAACAUUUCAUCUACUUUUACCUUGGACAAGUUGCAAUCUUGUUAUUUAAAUCCGGAUAAAGAUGCAAUUAUUUCACACACAAAUGACAAUCUCAUUGCUCACUAAACAAGGUCCAUUCUGUUCAUGGCUCAUGAAUUUGUCUCAAAAGCAAAACAUUUACAUAUCAGACAAACGCUUCGUACAGCUCAUCGAGCUAAUAACAUCGUGUUAUAACCUACAGUGUAAUAUUUAAAAGUGUCUGCAAGUGGUGCGUUAAGCGCUGUUGUAACAUUUUUUUAUACUGUAACUAAGUGAUAUUUAUACAUUGUAUGUACAUCAUAUACUUGUAUUUUUCAGUUUGUUGUCGAUUUGUUACUGUUAUAAAACUUCAAACUGUA